UGCUAGAUAUCUUCUGUGGCUUUGUGUCCUGAUAAUCGCAGGUAGAAAUUGGCGUUAGUAUAAAAUGAAGAAAUGAUAAAAGGAGAAAGCGCUGGGACCAAGUGCAAGGACGCGUUUGGAAUCUCCAGAAGUUCCCUGUGCCGCGAACUGAAGAACAGACACGCCAUGUUGAGUGGCGGCUCGACCGAGGAGCUGAGCCGUGGAGAGAAGAUUGAAGCCAAGUUCAGCGACAAUAUGAACACUGGUAUCGGUCGACGAAGUGGACGCUGUUGGUGAUAAAACUGGUUUCAGCGGAGCACAUGUGCCAACUGCAGCAGCUGUAAAGAUACCAAGUAUUCGGACCUGAAAUUAU